AUGAUGGUGUGGGAUCGCCAGGAUGCCCUGUCUCGGGGCACCAUGGAGGGUUCUGAUGGAGGCCCGGGAGAGGUGGUGGACACCCUGGACAUCCUCAACGGCACGUGUGGCUUCCGAGAUCGCAUGCUGGCUCCCGGCAUUUCUGCCUUUCCGUCCCCUCGCAGUCUACCCUUUGCUAAGCACCAGCUGAGCGGCGCAGGCACAGCGGUUUUCCGUGCAUACACACUGGGGUUGCACCACAUUGGCUCCAUUUUCGACAUGUCGGAGCACCCACUGGUCUUCCGUACAUAUGAUCUCAGCUACCAGAAACGUGCCUUCACUGCUGCAGAACACUCGCUGCUGUACCAGGAUGACAACAACACGUUAGAAGCUGCUCACUCAGUCCUUUGGAUGGAUUUGGGCGGCAGCCUAAUGAGGCUUCUGCUGAAUUUACCCGGGCACGUAACGACCACAGCCACCGUGAACACAGGCAUGGACCUCCUCAAAGAGAUGGAUCUGGGCCGACGGGCCGUGAUGCAGGCCGAUGGGCAGGUGAAGUACCGCGGCCGCCAGAGGUUCACUUACGCCGUGACGGACACACGCUUGGAGAUCGCCACUGGCGGCAUGCUCGACACUUUGAAGAUUCCCUUGGGACGGCUGCUGUCGAAGAACAUGAAGUUCGACCAGCUCAGCAAGCACAACAUGCACGCUGGAUCACGCAAGGAGCUGCGCUAUGCAGGCGAGGUGGUGAUCGUGAACAAGAACCCGGAGCAUGCACAUGACGUGGAGCUUUGGAGCGAGGAUGAUGAGUACGAAAUGGUCUUCGACAACGGCUCGGGAUCCUACAAGCCUUACUGGCCAACACCCCAGCUUGAAGAGCUGCUGCAUUGCAACUUGCCGGACAUCCCAGGAAAGUUCUCGAUCCGUGUAAUGCGGGGCUCCUUCGGCGCCGAUCAGGCGACGCUGGAUGCUUACUGUGACAUCUGGCACGGCGUGGAUGACAUCCCGGAGACAGAGGAGUGCAAGAAGUCGCUGGGCUUUGUCGCCGUGCAGCCGGAGGUGCACAAGUGCUGCGGCUCCCCUGCGAAGAGCGACGACAACGGAACCUGCGUUUGGAAGUGGCCUGAGGCCGUGGAGUCCGAUUGCAUCGAGCUGCCAGGUCAUUGCUGCCAGGAGAGCAUUGUGAGCCAACCAGGCUCUUGCUCGGCCGAGGCGACAUGCCAGGCUCAAGUCAUGAAGGAUCCAGGAACAACGGAGGUCUUCUUGGACAAGGUGAAUGCUGGUGUGAAGAAGUGGUGGAAUGGCCGGCGCAAUGAAUGCUGGACACUGCAGUGGCGUACGCGCAUGUUCGAGUGCCUUGCAACUCAUCAGGUUGGGAAGCCCAGCACACGCACCGAGGCGUGGCUGCAGGACUUGAUCGGUUACUUUGCAAGCGAUCCUUCCAACCAGGAUAAGUGGCAGGCUUACUUGGACAAUCUGCAGAAAUUGGGCAUCAAGCGCUUGCAACUGGAUCACCUACAGAAUGGCCCCACGAACUUGGGCAAGGAUGAAGUGGUGGUGCAGUGCUUUCUGCCAUUCCUCAACAACGGCUUCUCCCACGUUCCCUUGAGUCUAAAGCUUUGGAACUUCCUGAAAGUUGGUGUCUACGACCCGUCGGAAGGUAAGAUCUUCGGUGCGAACCUUAAGAAGUUGACAAGCCAAUACACACAAUACAUCUUCGAAGAGCUCGACUACAAGGGCGAGAGCUACACGACGGGCUACGACGGCGAGGAAGGCUGCCCGACGGCGAUGACGAUUCCCCGCGCUGUGGACGAGUGGGGCAACGCCAUCGACACGCCUGGCCACAGCCAGGAAGCACCGGAGAGCUUCCAGAUGAACUUCACGGCAAAGGAGCUCGCGGCCUUGGAUCUCACAGACCGCCUCGGCACCUUUGAGGUGCAAUGUGGAGCUGUCGUCGUGGGUGCCAGUUCGCCGUUUGAAAGCUCCCUCUCCGGAGCUAUGCUCACGGAGGCCUGGAGCGAGUUGGGAGCUGCCUGGGCGGCGAUGUCGAAAGACAUGGCCAAAGCGGAGAAGGAAGCCCGUGAGUCUGCGAAAGUCGUGACCGGAGAAGCUGGCAGUGGUCUGAGCGAGGCGCUGGGGCUCGUGGACGAGGCCGCAGGUGGUGACAUGGCAGGAGGCAGCUCGAGGAGAAUGGAGCGGCGCGCCGCGAGUCGCGCCCUUGUGGCCCUGGCACUUUCGGCCCUGGCGGCCCUGGCUUCUGCAGAGGAGCACUCCAGGCACCUACGCUCCGGAGCACAGACACAGAUCGGUGAGGUGAAGGCUCACAGCCCGUUCAUCGAUGAUUUGGAGCCCGUGGCGCCGCUGGACGCUGUGGCAGCACCUGGUGCCGUCGCCGCUGCGGGCAUCCCUCGUCAGGGAGGGGCCCGGAGACCCGCACUUUACGUGCCUCCCUACUUGUACCCGGACGCCUUCCCGGCCUCCGCAAAAGACAUCUGCCACUGUGAUGCGCCCAAGGAGGAGAAGCUGACACAGGAGGAGGAGCUUUGGGCUGCUGAGGUGGCAAAGCAGCUGAACCUCCCCUUGUCUCAGGUGAUGCACCCCGCAGACUUCAAAGGCGUCGCACACUGCGACUGCGGUGCUGCAGAGAAAGCAGACGGCCGUGUCUUCCGCUAUGUGAAGACCCAAGCUACGAACAGCUCUGGCUUCACGGUCGCCGGUGCCGACCCGACCUUCCCACAUGGCAGCUACUGGGAGCCGGAGGUGGUGGAUGCUUCAGGGCUCAUGGCGCCAGCAGACCAGCUUCGGCCGGAGGAUCUGCCGCCUCAAGCACCCUUCGACGAGGUGGACAUGUCCUCGAACCUCGCGCAGCAUGACAAGAUCCCCAAGAAAAUCGCAAAAUACCUGGACCAGGUGGAGAGCAGGAGUAGCAACUGUGACGAUCCGACCAAGCCCUGCUCUGCUGACUGCAGCGCCGGCGACGCAGUGUCCUUCGAGCUGGGCAACACGCGGCGUGCAGCCACGGUGCUCACCACGGCUGCGGGCAAUGCGCUGGAGAUCGAGUUUGACACCGGCUUGGCGGCAGGCGACGUUUGCGCUGCCGAGGCCGGCUGCUCCCUCUUCCGGGUUUGCGCGCCGAAGCCGGGGCUCGGCGCAGGCGCCCCUCGGCAGUGCGUGGCCCAGGACUCCGAUGAGCGAUUGUCGUGGCAGGGCCACAUCGAGCGGCACUUCCAGUGCCCGGAGAACACCGCCGGAUGCAAGCGUGUUCGGCAGGUCGUGCAGGGCCUCUACCUUCGCAAGGAGGGCAAACCUUGCAGGGCAAGGUGA